AUGGCAAUUAUAGAUAUUGUGAAUUUCCUGUCAACAUCUUUCUCCAUGUAUUUAUGGUUUAAGUCAAGAACAGGAAGGAAAAUGAGAAUGAUUUCAAAAAGGAGGAGACAGAACUUUCUAGCUGUGUGUCUGCUGUUUAUUAUGGCUGGCAGUGUUUACUUGGGUUUACCAGUCCGUUCAAUUCCAAUGGGAGCAUCUCCAACCAUGAGGAAAUUAUUUGGCAUGUUCCUCAAUGACCACACUGAAAACCUUGGUUAUGUUCUGGGUCUUCUGGCCUUCGCCAUCAGCUGGACUGCCAAGUUUCCCUUCAUCUUGAAAGCUAACAGAGGAGAGCAGGGAUCUGCCGUGCUAGUGUCUUCCAGACUGCUGUCUUCUGUAUCUGGAGCUCUUUAUGGAUCUGCCAUUCUCCUCUACGACACACAGCUAAAAUCAGUUAUCAAGACAAUGCCGUGGAUACUCUCUGCGAUCUGCUGUGCCGUUCUGGAUCUUUCUAUCGUGGUCCUCGUCUGUUACAGAUCCAGCCACAAGCGUCCUUCUGUGCGCUCUUUAGACUCGGACACUGAGUCUUUACUGGGUGAAUCUUCAGUCACAGGUCAGCUGUGCAACAACAAUGUUGAAUGUUGCAGGAAAAAGCACCGCCUUUCCUCCGCAAGAAGCAUCUCUUCCAAAGGGACAGACAUGGGACUCUACAUGGAUGUCAACAUACAGCCAAUGAGAAAGGUGUGUCUGAAGGAGGUGACCAUCUCGCGGGACGGCUCCUCAGAAAGUCUCCCUCUGAAGAGGACUGUCAGGGUGGUGCGGGUUGAUGAACACUGUUCCUGCGGCAGCUCCACUGACUCGUCCUCUCUCGACUCUGAACUAGAGUGGGACUUUGGAGAAACGAAAUCGCAGUGGACGCCAGUAGAAGAAGCUCCUGAAGAUCUGCAGAAAGCUUUGCCUCUUCAGGAUUGGUCGGUGGGUUCGAGCGGCAGACUAGGAUCUCACGUCUGCUUCUGCAACCGUGCACAGCUGGCGGAGAAAUUGGCCUCCAAAUAGACAGGUGCCACUAAAUCCGGUGCCGUUUAAAGAUUAGUGCAUCUGAGUGUAUUUGAAGUCAAA